AUGCAGCUCAAGUUGACUGUCAUUACCCUAACCGUGGCACUGUCCACGACGCUUUCCAAGGCAGCGACGGUUCAGAGCUCGAGCUGCAGCUCCGACUCAUCGCGGGCCGCUGCCGUCAAGGCGUCGUUCCGAAGCAGCUUCGAGGACUACCUCCAGUAUGCGCGCGGCUCCGACGAGCUCCUUCCCAUAUCCAAGAAGGGCAGUGGAGGCUUUGGCAACUGGGGCGCCACCUACGUCGAUGCCCUCACCACGGCCCAUGUGAUGGGCUUUGACGACAUCGUCAAGGACGGCAUCACGUUCACAAAGUCUGUCGACUUCAACCACACUUCGCAGACGCCCAUCUCGCUCUUUGAGACGAAUAUUCGCUACCUCGCAUCGUGCCUCUCGCUCUAUGAGCUCACGGGCAAGUCGGACAAGGGCCUCAUCAAGCAGGCCAAGACGAUUGGUGACCACCUUCUUGCUGGCUGGGUCGGCGACAACGCGAUCCCAUACAACUCGCUUGUCAGCUGGAACGACUUUGGCGCGCCCGAUACGUCCAACGAUGCCAUCAUUGCCGAGGGUGGUACGCUGAUUCUUGAGUUCGACCGCCUGUCCAAGUACACAGGAGACAGCACCUACCUCGAACACGCCGCAAAGUCCAUGAAGGCGAUCGUUGACUCGGUCGCAGUGCUGCCCGGUCUAUAUGGACAAGGCAUCAGCCCAAAGACGAACCAGGCCACCAAUGACUACGUGACAUGGGGUGGUGGCUCUGACUCCUUCUUCGAGUACCUCAUCAAGUACGGUCAACUGAUCGGCUCGACGGACACAUACAUCCCCACUUGGGUCAACUCUGUCAAGUCAUCGGUCAAGAACCUCAUCACCCAUCCCGCUGGCGGCUACACCGGCCCCAAUCUGACGCACAUGGCCGACUACUCGCCUUCGAAUGGCGGCAAGAUUCCCCGUUUCUCGCACCUCGGCUGCUUUGUCGGCGGCAACUGGAUCCUUGGCGGCCGUCUGUUGACAAACAAGGACACGGUCAAUUACGGCCUCGCGCUGGCCGACUCGUGCAUCGGCACCUAUACCAAGUCGGCCACGGGCAUCGGACCGGAGUCGUACGUCUUCAAGACAGAGUCUGGAGGCACCAAUGGUGUGACGAUCCACAACGAGGCGUUCUACGACAAGAACGGCUUCGACUACGACGUUGUCGAUUACGUUCUUCGGCCCGAGGUGCUCGAGUCCGUCUUCUACGCUUACCGCGCCACGGGCGACAAGCGGUGGCAGGACCUGGCGUGGACCGCCUUUAACAGCAUCAAAAAAUACUGCCAGGCGCCUGCAGCCCUGGCCGCCAUCGAGAAUGUGACCGACACAAACACAAAGCAGAUCGACAACUCGCAAUCGUUCCUCUACGCCGAGCUGUACAAGUAUCUCUUCCUCAUCUUUGAUGACCCCGAGCACAUCAGCCUCGACAAGUACGUCUUCAACACCGAGGCGCAUCCCUUUGAGGUCGAGAAGCCAAACGCAGACUACUCGGCCGCCUCGUUUGGCAGCCUGCCGUCGCCCGAGAGGAGCCCGACGUCGACGGCGCAGAAGACGGCCUCGCAGGUGCCCAAGCCAACCUACAGCGGCGUGCCGGGUCUCGUUCAAAAGGUCUUCAAUUCACUGGGCCUCCGGGAUCACCGGGCCCGGCGUGAGGACCUCGAGACGCGGGCGCAGAAGCUCCGACGCGUACGACUGUAA